ACUUCGUGGUCACACUAUUAUAUAUUUUCGCGACAAAUAAUUAUAUUUAUACAAAAAAAUGGGCUUAAAAAAGGCUUUGAACAAUUGCCUGAUCAAUUUUGAUUGUCGCGUGAUGGUCACAGACCUGCUGGAAGAGUACAAGUUAUCCUACAAAGAGGUAAAUGACACGUUGGAGGCGUAUAUCAAAGGGAAGGAGCCUGCAACGAGAUUCGAGAAGCGAUUCCUGGUCCAUGGCACAGGACAGAAAAAUGGCACAAAUGAUGAGUUCUACACGAUUGUGCAGGAGAGCAAGCUAGAGGAUUGGCGGACGAAGAUGCGGGAUGCGCAGUGGCAGCUCUACAGCGUAGAGAUUGCAGGGGGCUCCAAGUCUCCGGCAACUGUGUUCCGUCCCAUGCAGCACCUGGAGGUGAAGCUGGCCGGCGUGGAGAGGCGCUCUGGUACCAGAAUUGCUGUGGACAGGGCCACGAACGGUGUGCAGAACUCAGGUCCAUCAACCAAUGGCGUCCAGAGGGCACCGACUGCUGUGAAUGACGGCAAGACUGCUCCGGCUACAAAUGGGUUCAAAAACUCUUCUAACAGCAAGGAAAAUACUGAAACCGAGCUAAUGAAAACAUCGCCCAAGGAGCAGGCAUCGAAGGGCAAAGCAGCAAAGAAGGGCAGCAUCAACAGUUUCUUUUCAGCAGCAGGAGCGGGAGCUACUGCAGCUAGCAACAAAUCCAAAGAAGUCAAAGCUACGCCAAGCAAAGCCAAUACAAUGGACACUUUCUUUAAGAAGCAACCAGCAGGAGGAGCAGCUGCCACAGCAGUCAAGAAGCUGUCCCCAGAGAGUCAGACCAAGAAGUCCCCUGAAAGCCAGUUCAAGAAGUCUCCUGACAGCCAGGCCAAGAAGUCCCCUCCGAUUCAGGAAAAGAAGGAAUCCACAGCCAACAUGUCCAUUCAACUGUUUGACGAUGAGAUCGCCGAAUCAUCCGAGGAGGAGAAAGAACUGGACAAAAUACGACGCAAAGUAUUGGCCUCGGACAACGAGUUCGACCAGGAGAAACCCACCACCAGCAAGCGUCGUCGCAUUAGCGACUCCGAAGACGAAGAGCAGCAUCCCACUAAGAAGAGCGCCGAAGAGGAAGUCCUCACAGUGGAUGACGAAAUGGAGGCGGAUCCCUCGAAUGAAACCUUUCUGGAUGAUGACGGCUUUGUCGUCACUCAGCGCAAGCCCACAAAGCCAUCAAAGGCAUUUAAAACAAUGGCUCUACCAGUCGAUUCCGCAGCCAAAAAUAAGUAUUCGCCUUCACAUUCGGUUGCAGGUGUCAAGAAGAAAUCGCCUCCAGCGACAACCAAAGUCGGCAAGGAAGCACCGAAAUCGAAGCAGGGGAAUCUCAUGAGUUUCUUUACUAAAAAAUAAAUACGGAAAAUAUUUAUACUGGAAUGAAAUCUAAACAAUGAUAUUUUUUGCUUAGUUCUUAAGAAAACUGAAUGAAAUUUAUAUGCUCCAACAAAAGCUAUUAUUAGUCUUUGGAAUAUUUAAGAGGAUUAUUUCCAGAUUAUAUGCGCUGUGUUAAUUAUAAACCUUUCCAUUAGAAUCUGAAAGUAUUUUCUGGAAAAU